AUGUAUAUUCCUAAGAAGUAUUUAGAUGAAGAUUGGGAACAAGUUGAAUACUUGAUCAAGAAUUAUCCACUAGCUACACUUGUCACCACUGAUAAGGAUGGAACAAUAAUUGCUAAUCAUAUACCAUUUUUUCUUAAUGAAGAUAAAGAAACUGGUAAGAAAUAUUUAAUUGCCCAUAUAUCUAAAACCAAUCAUCAAAUACCUACAUUAAUUGAUUCAAAUAAUGUAUUAGUUAUAUUUCAAUCAGUUGAUUCAUAUAUUACUCCAAAUCAUUAUCCAGGUAAACAACAAACUCAUAAAUUUGUACCAACUUGGGAUUUUGCUUCAGUUCAUAUAAAUGGGAAAUCUAAAAUUAUUGAUGAUUUUGAAUUUGUUCGAAAUCAAUUAAAUAAAUUAACUAAUCAACAAGAAGAUGGGAAAAUUGAUUCUUGGAAAGUAUCUGAUGCUCCUGAAGGAUAUUUGAAAAUUAUGCAAAAGGCAAUUACUGGUUUACAAAUUGAAAUUUUAUCUACCCAAUGUAAAUAUAAAUUUGAACAAGGUAUGAAAGAUCAAGAAAUUAAAGGUGUUAUUAAAGGUUUAAAAGAUGAAGGUAAAACUGAAAUUGCUACUCUUGUAGAACAAACAAAUAUUAGAAAACAAAACUCAAUUGCUUAA